GGCCCGUCCCAUUCAGCGAACGAAAAGGAAAUUGCGUCAUAAGUAGGCGGGGUCUCGAGUUCGACAAUAUAAUUUCUGUGAAGCACACAGCACAGUACAGUAAUCUUCUUCCCUCUUGCUGUCGAACUCUCAAACGCAAACCACAGCCGACAGCGCCGCCUAGCAGCACUUUCUCAAUCGUCUCUGCUAAACCGGAAGUCAAUAUAGGCUCUGUCGAGCCAACAUCCGCAAACAAAGAGGCAACAUGGUGCUGGAAAAGAAGAGCUCGGCUCGCGUGGAGGCAGGCCAGCGGAGGGUUCUUGAUGAUGCCACCCGACUAAGGAGGCUGAGUCGGCAACUCGAGGCUUUGGAGAAAGACAACUUCCAGGACGAUCCCCUGAGUUCGCUACCCCCGGCAGGUUUGACCGCUCGGCUACCCGCCUUCAGUGAAACAGAGGAACCCGAGAAGAAGAAGAGGAAGACGCGAGGCGACCACUUCAAGAUGCGCUUCAGGAAAAACUUCACGGCGCUUCUCGAGGAGGAGAAUUUGGCGGAUAAACCUGAGCCCAAUUACCUCUCGGCGCUGGCUCCUCCCUCGUCGCUUCCACCACGCCAUUUCUGCUGUGUGUGCGGCUUCCCGUCAAACUACACUUGCACGACCUGCGGGGGGCGCUAUUGCUGCGUCAAGUGCUUGACGACACACCGUGAAACCAGAUGUCUCAAGUGGACGCUGUGACGGACGCUACCUGGUUGCCGUGGCAACACAGUCAUUCACGUUGUCAAGAGGAAAGCAACAAUUCCCCACUUACUUGCUAAUUCAUAUCUUCCCUCACUUUUUUGGGGAGGCUGGACUCAAGGAAGUACAUUUCAAUGCAGCUCAGCUGAUAUGCUUUGUGUUAUUUCCAAUUACUGUAAAAAAUUAUCUUGAGCCAUAA